AUGAGCCUGCACACUGCAGCCGCUGCCUUUGCCUUUGGCUCGUAUCACAUCACCGCCGAGCCGUCCACGCACUGGGUCUGCGCGGCCCUGUGUGGGCCAAACGCGGCUCUCGCAUGCGUGCAAAGCUCGGAGGAAAUCGAGCAUGCGGGCGCGACAGCGUUCUGGAUCGGCAACUUCCAGCCGCCCGCCGGAGCGGAGCCCGGCAAAGGCUGGGACGUGUGUCAAACUCUGGCGACCGCGGCCGGCACCGUCAUCACGGGCGGGACGUGGAUGGUGAUCAUCAAUUUCAGCUUUGUCGCGUCUACAUUUGCCCUCAUGAUGCUCUCGGGCCGCUUCUGCAAGCUCAUUGCGACGGAGCCCCAGUGCCUGUCGCUGGGCAGUGAUGGCAGGCCACGCGUAAAGUCAACAGCUCCCUUGCCUGAGCAGCCGACUACGCUGCGCGCGCACGCCACCGCCACUCCCGUGUCGGUCGACCCCGACGCGAGCAUCAGCCUCGCACCCGCGCCCGCGCCGUCGGAGAAGCCCGCCGUCACGCGGGUGAAGCCGCCCAAGUCGCCGCCGCAACUCUGGCGGCUGGACUCGCAGUUCUACGACCUGACGGCGUUCAUCAAGGCUCACCCGGGCGGCCCGCUGCCGCUGUCGCAGAGCAUGGGGACCGACAUCUCCGCGCUCUUCCACUCGCACCACAUGCGCGGCGUGCCCGAGACGCUCCUGGCAAAGUACCGUGUGGCCGAGCCGAAACCGGAUGACGUGGCCGCCAUUGAGGCGUGCGACUACACGUUUGAGGAGAACGGCUUCUUCCAGGAGUGCAAGCGGCGCGUGCAGGCGAUGGGGAUGACCACGGGCGUUGCGGCGGUCACGUGGCCCUAUGUCUUCAAGGUGUCUGCCGUGUUUGGCGCCUUCCUCGGCUCCUGGUACGCUGUAUGCUUCCUCCCCCUUGGUCCGACCGUCAUUGCCCUCGCGUUCAUCAACAUGUGGACGCGGAUGUGCCUCACGGGCAUCGGCCACGAGGCCAUCCACGGGCGCAUGCAGAACUGGCUCACGUGGGAGUUCUUUGACAUGACGAUGCUCUUCCCAUCGGACUCUUGGCAUCUCGAGCACCGCCACGAGUACGACCCAGAUGAGAUCUUGGACCCGUUCCGGCUGUGCGAGGACGUUUCGUGGACGCCUUUGCACAUCUUCCAGGCCCCCCUCCAGAUCGUCCUCGUCUUCGCGUCGGUCGUCUCGUGCAUCGACAAGCACAUCGUCUGCCGCACGAGCAUGCUCAAGGGCACCUUCUACCUCUUUGCCCUCCACCUCCUCCCCUUCUUCACGCGGGAUACAUACGGCGAGGCAUGGCUCCUUUCGGGGCUGUCGGUGGGCAUGGCCAACCUCACCAUCGUCCUGUGCUUCCACCUCUCCCACGUCAACGAGUCGAACGCGUUGCACGCGCGCUUCCAGGAGGGGGGCGACUGGGGCGCCCACCAGCUGCUCACCUCGUCCAAUUUCAACGGUACCCUCGGCGCGCUCUGCUACAUCACUGGCAUGCUCGAGAUGCAGAUCGAGCAUCACCUCUUCCCUUCGCUCUCGUACGAGAACCAGCUCAAGAUCAAGCCCGUCGUCCAGCAGUGCGCGAAGGACUUUGGGCUGCCGUACUACGAGUACUCGAGCGCCAUUCACGGCAUCGCGGGCCACCUGGCGUCAACGUGCCAUUGA